AUGACUAGCUCGGAACGAAUCGAGCAUGUGGGAAGUCCAUCCAGAGAAAGUACCCAGACACCAGGGGGAUCGGCCGCAGGAGAAAACGGGCAAAACCCAGCUAUCAAGAUAGGGGAAAUGCCUCCAGCGACGGCGCUGGAUCUACUGUGCGCGCACGUCGAAACCCUCGUCACGUCGAACGAGGAGGUUCCUGAAGAUGCCUCUUCCCCUCCAGUGCGCUCCCGCAGCGACAGCGUGUCCAGCGGGGAAGUCACACCCUCGUUGCGGGUGACGGAGUUGCAUUUCGGGCCGGAGAGCACGGAGGAUCCAGGACACGACCGUCUACAGCAGGGCUUUCUGUCGAAGCGGUUUCUCUCCAAGCGCGAGCCCCCGAUCACCCUGAAGAACUACCUCCUGCGCCUGCACAAGUACUGUCCCAUGUCUACGGCGGUCUACCUCGCGACGAGCCUCUACCUCACGCGGAUGGUCACGAUCGACCGGGUGAUUCGGCCGAACCCGCGCAACGUGCACCGGCUGCUGCUGGCGGGCCUGCGCGUCGCCAUGAAGGCCGUGGAGGACCUCAGCUACCCGCACAGCCGCGUUGCCAAGGUGGGUGGCGUGACGGAGCGCGAACUGUCGCGCCUCGAGAUUAGUUUUUGCUUCCUGGUGGACUUUGAGCUGCGGGUGGAUGCCCGCAUGCUGUCUGAACAGACGCGAUAUCUUGGAAUCGUUCUCGGGGAUGGGGAUGGAAAUGCGGUUGCCUGA